AUGAAGUCAAUAUUAGUGUACGCCGUGUUAAUACUGGUUGUCGUGUCGAUCCCACAGAACUGCGCGCAAGAUUUCAAAGGUGCCAUCGACCAGUGCACGAAGGAAUUCGACAUGGAUAUGGAUGUGGUGAUCUCGCUCAAGUAUGGAGAUUUCAGCGAGCGCGAUCCGCUGAUUGAGUGCUUUACCGAAUGUCUGAUGAAACGGUCGGGAUUCAUGUUCGACGACUUCACCUACAACAAAACACUGAUUAUCGGAUUCGCCGGGCGGUAUCUGGAACCGGAGGGGGCACAAAACGUUUACGACAACUGCAUCGACAGAUUUGGAACGACGGUAUGCGUGACCGGAUUCGAAAUGUACCAGUGUAUUCACGAAACGGCCGUAUCCGAAUGGGUGGAAAGUAAUUUCUAA